AUUUAUUAAAAAUGCCAAGAGAAUCUGUUGUUUUUGCUGAAAUUAGGGACGAUGUAAAAGAUAUUGUAGAUAAAGUAGUCGCUGACAAGCUUGAGGGGAGAACUUACACAGCUUCUGACGCCCAGUCAUGGACCAGCAUCAUCUCUAAGGAUAUUGUUACCGAGCUGCAGGAAUUUAACUCAAAUUUUAAAUAUACAGUUAUGUGCUUAAUCAUGAAGAAGUCUGAUGCUGGCCUUCAUAUUAGUAAUUCAUGCUAUUGGAAUGGAACAACUGACGGAAACUUGCCACAUAAGUGGGAGAAUGAUUCCAUGCACUGAAUCAUUAAUAUCUUCGGCCUUGCUCUGUAAAAUCAAGGAGGGCUAUUAAUA